CUAUCGUCGUCGAGACUAUAGAAUAGAAAUAUUAAAAUCAAUCUUUUGUGAUAGGAGAAACGCAAUUUAUUGUUUUAUUAUUAAUCUUCUUGGUGCUUGAAAUCUAAUAUUAUAUUAUGUUCUAUUUAUAUUUUUACUUAUUUUAAUGUACUCACGGCUAGAUUGAGCAGCUAAUCUCGUUGGCCUGUUAAGUCACAGCUCACAGUUCGAUGUCUUUGUUGAUCAAGUGCAGUGUCCGUAAUUAAUCGUGAACGUUCUAAACUCCAGAUAUACUUGUGAUCACACUCCUAUUCAUACGUUAAUAGUUACGAUGCAAUCCUUGGAAUUCAAUCACAAAUUUAAAAGAUAGUGCGUGACCAUGUAUUUCAAUAUUAUUGUGAAGUAUUGUGCUCUUCUGUGAAAGGAAUAUUUUUACUACACACGUUUUCGCAGUAAUAAUAAAGGUAAAACAAUGGCUGUAAAAAAGCAUGAACUGGUUCAUGACAAUCGUAACCAACUGGAUCUGACCGCGCUGGAGCAGUACAUACAGCUCAUGAAUGAACAGCCACAUUAUUUACCUCCUCCGAAUGAACUAGUAAAGAAUUGCCAGGAUAUUGUAAAAUGCCUGGCACGUGCCUCUGGCAAUGAAGAACAACUGUGGCAGUUAUUGCAGUCUGUAGAAGUAUACUUGCAUCGCGUUGUCAACACCGUCCACCCAAGUGUUCGACAUGAAAUUGUGACUGCAAUACUUGAUAAAUUUUACUCUUACAUUUCUGAUCCUCAAUCGGAUGCGUGUCCCGCUACCUCAGUAGUGUUGAUUGUCCUGGACGAAUCGGACAAUGAAGCUACUUUGUCUGCUGCACGUUGGCUAGUGCAGCAAGGGGAAAAUGGACCCGCUGGUGCAGGACUCCGGGCAUCUCUGUCCUGCUUAUACCGUUGGAUGUACGAAUGGCACGGCACUCCAGCUCUAGGUGACUGGAUAUUGGCGUUUGUCAAGGCUUUGGAGGAAAACGAACGAUUCGAUAUUUUGAUUGAGGUAUCCGUGGACAAUCUGAGUCGUAUAUUCCUGGCAAUGGACGCCCCCGUUACUCUACGCCAGUCCGUAGCUGAUGUUAUAUUCCAUAUUUUAGCAUCACUGCGUGAAUCUACUGAAGCUCUCGACCGGAUUUCCCCUCACGUUGGUCAUGUGUUGGUGAACUUAGCCGCCGAUAGCGGCCAAUGGAGCCGUCAACUUCUGCAGAAUGUGGUUGAUAUACUGUCUGCUACUAUCGACCGUCUCCUGGAUUCACUCAAAGGAGAUUCUCAGGAUCUAUUUAGAGCAAAAUACGCUGACGUUAUUCUGUGCUUGGAACGUCAUAUGGCAUCCCGCGACUGCCGCUACCUGAAAUUGUCACCGUGGCGUGCUCGCAACGUUUGCCUCACAUCGAUGAAUGCUAAUGCUCCGAUGCGCAAGGUUGGCUUGCUGAACCUUGGAAACACUUGCUAUAUGAACAGCGUGUUGCAGGCAUUGCUCGUCACCAGGCAAUUCAGCACUCAUGUAGUGUUGCGCAUGACCGCGGUGCCAUAUUGGUCGAAAAUGGGCAUCUUGUUUGCGAAGAUGAUGCACUCCAUCUCAACAAAGUUGAACCCUGAUGAAUUCUUUGCUGUGAUGAAGCCACCUUUCUUUUCUAGGAAUAACCAACAUGACAGCUCCGAGUUCCUAGGUUACUUGUUCGAGCUUUUGCAAUCAUAUGAACAUGGAUCUGACCGUAACUUCGACUACUCGCGGCCAGCGGUACUCAACCGCAACCGCGCCAUCGCUCAUACUGCCAACCCUCAGGCAUCCAACUCCAGUGAUAACGAGCCUGGUGAGCAGAGUUCUAAUCGGCGUUCUUUGUCGCCGCGACCCGGUAGCAGUGGCGGCGGUUCCAGUUCAAGUGGACAGAAGCGUUCUUCGAUUGAUAUCGAACGGCUCCCACCCAAGAAACGUAUACGCUACGAGGCGGCAUUCCUUCGCCGUGAUUCAUACAUCGAUAGCAUGUUCGGUGGCGUGCUGCUAACCCGUGUGGAAUGCAUUGAAUGCCGAUCGUCCUCGCUCUCACGCGAUGUGUUCCGUGAUCUCCAACUCGCUUUUCCCGAGAAACCAGAGGGAUGGCAAUUCAAUGUGCAAAAUCUUCUGGAGUUUUAUUGUUCCAAAGAACGCCUGUCUGGAGACAACCAGUACGAAUGCCGCGAUUGUGGUGGUCUGCGCGACGCUGAACGCAGCGUUCUCAUUGAAACUACACCCAAAUAUCUUAUUCUUGUGCUCAAGAAUUUUAAAUUUGAACCAAAGCUGCAAGUGCAAACUAAACUGAUGCAUACAAUGUACUAUAAUCAUACCGUAACAUUGCCUGCUGUGCGCUCUCAGGCCGAUCACUCGGUCUACAUCCUGUAUGCCGCUGUUAUUCAUACUGGUACCACCCUGGACUCUGGACAUUAUUACACCAUGGCCAAAGACAAUGAGCAAUGGCAUAUGUACAACGAUGACGUAGUUUCCGUUACUGAUGAGUCAGAACUGAAUGGUCUGAAUCGAGCAAGCACCCCAUACAUUCUGUUCUACAAGCGCACUGAUGUUGAAGAAGGAACUGCCCCUUCUCUGGAGGAGCUACCACCGAGGCUGCAAGAGAGUGUGAUGGUCCACAACAAGCACUACGUAGAGACCAUCCAGAAAAGGCGGCUGACGUGCCCAUGACAAUUAAGGUCUGAUAAAUACAUGGAUUUCUCGGUGCUGGAUUAUGUCGACUCCAAGUAAACUUCUUGCCCCCACAAUUAUUGACACAAAGUGAUACAAAUUGAUAGAAUUCUGUAAACUAUUUUAUUUUAAUAUAAUUUUUGUCGACUAUCAAAACGAAUAGAAUCUUCCACCACCAUUUCUUUGCUACUUUAAAUAAGGUUAUUUAAACAUUGAACAACUCGUUUAAUUAUUAGUUCGAAUAGUCUGUGUCAUGUAAUGUAGUUUCCUUAGAAAUAAGGAUGAAUGGUGUCCUAUUAUUUCAAUAAACUACCAAUGAACAAUCGGUAGCGUCGCAUUGUUUCCUACUGAAGUUCCUAUAAACUAUUUUUUGAGUACGAUAUUCUACUUAUUUUAUCAAUUCAAAUAUUUUAUAUCUCAUUUCAUACAUGUGCACGGUCCAAACGUCAGUUGAUGCAUAUGAUGCAAAAAUAAAUUUUACCUUUCCCAGAACAUUCGCGGUCUUGAAAUUAAUUUCGUAAUAUAAAAUAAUCAUUAUUAUAUUUACUUGGUUAAAGUGUCUCAGAAAUUCGACCUAGUAAACUUAAGUUUACUGUAUUUAGAUUACAGACUUAGAUUUUAUUAGAUCUUGUUAUACAUAUAUAUAUGGAGUCUGUAUAAAGCAGAGUCUCAAUUUGUGUCACUUUUUAAAGGAUCAGAAAUGUAACUCUGAAGCUAGCUUAAAUGAUUUGUGCAUGUUCAAUGUAUUUGAUGGAAACUGGUAGUGAACAUAAUUUAUGAUAAAGCGGCUUGACUAAUGUCAUAUUUGGUGGUUAUACCUGUGUUAUUGAUGCAAACUAAGCCAAAUUGAAUAAUAACAUUGAAUCCAACUGUAAGCAGAAUUUGCGCUUGAAUCAAGCCGCUUCAACAUUUCCGGACGUCAUACUUCAAAGACAAGGCAAUACUGAAACUGUCAGAUGAACAAGAUAUAUAAGGAUUUAUUAAUAUGUCAACAAGUCCUUGUCCAUCUCUUUAUUAGUGUGUAUAACAUCUCUAUGUGCAGUACUAGCAGUCUGUGUACAUUUUAAUGGCUUAUGACAUAAACAUGACAUACUUAAAAUUAAAUACUAUGACUAUGGAGAUUAUAUAAAUCAUGAAUUAAUAUUUGUCAAAUCUUAUUGGAAAAGUCACUGAUUUGUCUUUUGGGAAGGGUAUAAUGAAGCCUAAUUCUCGUUAUAAUGUAGGUGCUCGAUUUAAUGAAGACUGUCCAUUUAGAAACAAUGGUAUUUAUAGGGAUGGCUCCGUCUUUACUAUGGAAUCGGAAUAGUUGGAAACGAAAUGGAUAACCUGAUUAAAAUAUUCAGUAUAUGUCAUUUUUCGCUAUAUUUAGAUAAUAAUAUGUAGUGGUACCUUACUCAAAAUGGAUAUCAUACAAUCUCUAUAAUUGUUCCAAUAUUAUUCUAUGUGUCAAUCAUUAAUCGUCGUUUUUAUUAGAUAUAAUGUUCACGAUUUAUCUAGGACACGUAUUGGUUUAUGUUUAUGAACAAUAUAAUAUAUUCAUAGUGGUCACUAUUAAAUAUAAAUGUUGUAUAUCGACCUUUGUAAGCGUUUAUGUACAUGAGGGGCAUUGUGAGCACUAGUAAACCAAUUAUAUAAGUCAUCUCUGUACGUAACUUUAUUAUAGUUAUUAUAUUCGACAAGUUUGAAAAACUUGUAUAUAUAGAAUUGAAUACAUACACAUCAGGUGUACCUAUAUUGCCAUAUUUAUGUCCUAUGAGGUAGUGACGGUCGUAGUAAACUGCGCAGAUAACAAAAGAUUUUAAAUUACAACUAUCAUCUCAAUAUAAAAGUUUAAAGCUUGUAAG